ACCGCUACGAUCAGUACAGUGUGAACGAUCGGAUCACACGGUUUAAUCGCAACGUUCGGCAGAGGUGUACAAGCAACAUGAAACAAAUUGUGGUGAUCGGUGCCGGCGUCAGUGGGCUUAGUGUUGCGGUACAGUUGGCUGAACAUUACUACAACCUAGCUAACGUGACUUUAAUAUCCGAGGACGUUAGUCCCAACACGACAGGUGAUGGAUCGGCCGGUUUAUGGGGUCCAUACUACUGUGGGAAGACGCCGGAUCAUAAGAUAGUUAAAUGGUCCAGCGAAACGCACCUAUUUUUCCAUCAACUGUGGAAGAACGGGCUUGGCGGAAAAAUCGGUGUGUGCCUGCAACCAUGCAUGAGGCUAACGACAGACCCCAACGGAUAUCCGGAGCCGACGUGGAAGGAUAUAGUGUUCGGUUGCCAAAAAAUCAAGGAAUCGGAACUGAAGCGGCUUAGCAAUGAGCAUGGACGAUUGUACACGGGCGGAUAUCACUUUGCCACCUUCACUUGCGAACCAACCGGCUUGUUGCCGUACUUGUUUAAUCGGUUCAUUGCGGUCGGUGGAAAGUUUGUGGCGUCGAAAGUCCGAAACUUUGAUGAAAUCAUCCGUAAUCGACCUGUGGAUCUGAUUGUGAACUGUAGCGGACUUGGCUCGAUGGAGCUGGCUAGCGAUAAGGCGGUGCUUCCCAUUCGAGGUCAGGUAGCGCGGGUUAGUGCACCGUGGAUUUAUGAAGUCAUUCUGGAUGACAGUGACGAUGGCAAUUACAUAAUUCCCAACUGUGAGACUGUCGUUUUGGGCGGAACACAUCAGAUGAACGACUUCAAUCGCAACGUUGCACGGGACGACAGUCGAUUCAUUUUCGAUGGAUGUGAACGAAUGCUCCCUAGCCUUCGUAGUGCGAGUGUUACCAACGAGUGGGUCGGUCUACGGCCUGGACGAGACAGCGUGCGCCUUGAGCUGGAACACUAUCGAUCAGAUAAUGAGAAGGGCUCCGUGCCAAUUAUUCACAACUACGGACAUGGCGGAUGUGGAGUGACCCUAUGCUGGGGAUGUGCUAAAGAGGUGGUAGAAAUCAGUGGUACUCUCGGGUGGAGUAAACCCAGCACAUCUAAACUAUAGUGUUUGAGUAAUUUAAUGCCAAAGUUGUGUGAAUUUAUUGUUAGUGACAAAAGCUGCAUCAACAUAAGUGUACAUUUCUUACGUAUCUAGAAAUAAAUAACAAUGUUGUCAGGAUCUAA